GAGCAUAUUCGCCACAUUUGUGCUUUGACAGGUUCAGUUUAACAAUUUCGAGAACUUUACUCGUUUUUGGCCAUCCCUUAACUCAUGCCAACAACAAAUCUAUGUCAGCUACCAUCGAACAACCCUCAAGAAGUUUUUGAACACUUUGAAUGUUGUUUGAGCCAUUGUCAUGAUAUGAGAACGAGCCAUUGAGUAUUGAACCACCAGUCUUGCGACAAGAAAGGUUUUCGGUAACUGAUGCCCUUUGUACAAUUUAAAAAUGCCAGAGUUCCGAGAUUUUUGGCCACCCUUUCGUUUUAGUUGAUCCACCCCGUAUAUCUUCAUACAGACGUAUGGAGAAACAGGUUAUUGAACCAAGAGAUAAUAAUCCUCUUUUCCUUCAACUAAAACUCACUAAAGAAACACCUAUAAGUUGGAAAAACGUUCGAACAAAUAAUGCUGUUAAUAAUAAUAAUGAGUAUAUGGUACGAUAAUAACCGAAGACCAAGCGUUUAUCAAAUAACUUUCACUAGAAACGGCAUUCCUACCAUAGCGUUCUUCACUAUCAUGCAUAUAUACUCUUGAUAGUCGCAAUAAUUAUCAAUGAAAAUAUUCUAGAUGCGGAUGCACGUGAGUCAGACUUUUCUAUGCUUUUCCUCAGGUGACAUUGUCACUUUUGCAUCCGAUUAAAAAUUAGUCUAUGCCAUGUUUGAUCCAUUCUUUCACGAAAGUCAUAAAUCUCCUGCUUAUUGGGUGGUAGUACUGGUAUCAUAGAUCUAUGUACUGGUAUAAUGUUUACUCUGUUGUCCUUUCUAGAUUCUGGAGUAGUUGGGAUAUUCCUGAACAUUACUGCUAGUGUUCCCAGACACGAUAGAGUUUAUUAUCUCGGUCGUCAGCCUUAUCUGCAACUGAUUACUGCCCUGAUUCAAAUCACGCCUGCGAAUGAAAUAGGCGCUUUCUUGGAGCCUUUAGAGGUGGAUCAGAAAGAUUUGAUCAUUUUUGCCCUCCAUGGCGUCGCAGACAGUGAAGAUAUGGAUCAUUCCCACUGGAGCUUGCUAGUCUACUCCAAGUGGGAUAACAAAAUAUUUCACUUUGAUUCCCAAAAUGGCUAUAACAACUCUGCUGUUCGCAGUUUGAGCGAAAAACUUCAAGUUUACUUCAACAUAAACGUUGAAGUGAAAGAGGUAGAGUGCUUGCAACAGAAGAAACCUCAAGACUGUGGUAUACAUGUUUUGGCGAAUGCAGAACAGAUCAUUACUUAUGCAGCCAAGGCGAGGACUGUUAACGACUGCCCUAAAGUGUCGGAGAAAGCUAUAAAUGAAUACAGGCAAAAAAUGCUUAAAUUAAUAUGGAAACUGAAGCACAGUUCGUCGAUAUAUCAGAUAAAGAGCAAGCAACAGCCGUCGUUAUUUUCGAAAUCAUGGCACGAUGAGCACGACAGAGAUAGAUUUUGACAACAUUAAAUAUAUGCUUUGAAUAGG